CCGUGUUUCGGUAGAGAAAGCAGCAGACAUGGCGAGAACCAAGCAGACCGCCCGUAAAUCUACCGGAGGCAAAGCUCCCAGGAAGCAGCUGGCCACCAAGGCGGCCCGGAAGAGCGCCCCGGCUACCGGCGGCGUCAAGAAGCCUCACCGCUACAGGCCCGGUACCGUGGCUCUGCGGGAGAUCCGUCGCUACCAGAAGUCCACGGAGCUGCUGAUCCGCAAGCUGCCCUUCCAGCGCCUGGUCCGAGAGAUCGCUCAGGACUUCAAGACCGACCUGCGCUUCCAGAGCUCCGCCGUCAUGGCUCUGCAGGAGGCCAGCGAGGCCUACCUGGUGGGUCUGUUCGAGGACACCAACCUUGUCACGAUGAGCGGACGAGGCAAAGGAGGGAAAGGUUUGGGCAAAGGAGGCGCCAAGCGGCACCGUAAAGUCCUCCGCGAUAACAUCCAGGGAAUCACCAAGCCGGCCAUCCGCCGUCUGGCUCGCCGCGGUGGAGUCAAGCGAAUCUCCGGCCUCAUCUACGAGGAGACCCGCGGGGUGCUGAAGGUCUUCCUGGAGAACGUGAUCCGUGACGCCGUUACGUACACCGAGCACGCAAAGAGGAAGACCGUCACCGCCAUGGAUGUGGUGUACGCUCUGAAGAGGCAGGGCCGCACUCUGUACGGCUUCGGGGGUUAAACUCAGCCCGGUGAUUACAGCGAACCAAAGGCCCUUUUCAGGGCCGAACCACCACUGCUGCUUCUGGGGCAAAGAUACUUGAUUCAGUCGCCAAAGUCUUGAGCUUUUUCAGUUAAAUAAAUUGAAAUUAAUCU